AAUGAACUUAUAAAUUCUGAAAUAAGAAGAGAAUAUAAAAGAGCUUAUGGAUUAAAAUAAAUAAAAAGAGGAAGAAUUGUAGAAACAAAAACAAAAUGAAUUUAUGAUACCUUAAGUAAAAACUUAAGGAAAUGAAGUACAAGAAAUAAAAGUCAUAGAGCAAUCAACUGAUUUUUUGAGCAAUGUAAAGACAGAUAAGAAAAUGGAAGAGAUUAAUAUAGCACUGGCUAUUCAAUAAAAGAUACUAAAAAUGGAACAAUUCUGUUGUAAGUGUUAGAUUACCUACAGAAAGAAUAGUUGUAUAGUAUAGAUAAUAAUCAGAAAUGGAAUUAGAAAAUAUAAGGGGAGAUACUUAAAAAAAUGAUAUUAUUUAGAGAAAGAAGAAAAGUUAGAGGAUUAGUUAGAAAGAGGAAAUGAAAAGGAUGAAUAUGGGAUUGAAUUUUUAGAAGAGGAAUAACAUGGUAAUGGAUUAACAGCAAUAUUGAAAUUAUUGAGAAAGAGAGGAGAAUUGAAUCCAUCAAAUUAUGAUUAUCGUGGUAGAAAUAAGGAUAAAAAUUGUUUUAAGAUUAAGAAUAUAAAGAUGGUGAAAUAAAUUUAGUGUAUAGAGAUCAAUCUGGGAAAU